AUGUCAACAGAACCACCACGCACCCCAGACCGCUCGGUGCUAGGCGAUUCCUGGGUUGUCGCAUCGACGACAUCACUUAAGGAGCAUCACUCCAGCUCUCCACCUCGCGCCGACCCUACAAGCCCGACGCCAGCUCCCAGGACAGAAAAGCAAGUUGAUACCGCCAAGCCAGCAAACAACACCACGAGCCCGAAGCCCAGCCCGGACUUAAAUCAGAUUCAGAGUCGAAAUCAGACAAAGCUAUCAGAGUCGCUGACCUCGUCCACCUCAUCAUGGAGUAUGCCUGGCCCGGAGCUCGUCAUGCCAUCCAUCUACGAGGUACCCAUCUCGGAGGCAUCAUGGGUCGCGCCGCAUAUGCGAUCCGCAGACAACAAGUCCCCGCAUAUGAGGAAGCGCCGCAAGAUCACACCGGUUGGGAAGCAGCAACGACAGUCCAACACCAACCCUGAAGCAAUCGACGCAGGCUCGUCAGCUCCAGGCCUCGGAACCAAGAAAUCCAGCGUGAUCGCAAAGCUCUCGUCCCUCUACCACAAGCAGCGCAUGCUCCUCCGCACGGCUAUCAACACCCUCCUCAUCGCCUUGAUCAUGCACCUCCUCAUCCUCCCCGAACUCAUCUACCAAGCGCAAAAUCUAUGCGCCUUCCCAAUUAUACAAUCCACCUACCCAGCCAGCUGCGUCCCUCUCCACCCACAAGCCCUCCCUUCCAACCCCUUCCACUCCACCGGUAGCCCCAUCUCCCCCGAAGAAACCAUCAUCGCCGCGCAAAAUACGCUCCAAGCCAUCUUCACCAGCACCCUAUCCACCCUCACCCCACUCGCACAAACCCUCAAAGACAGCGAAUCAACUCUCUCCACCCUCCAAACAACCCUGCAAACCAGCCUCCCGGACGCCCGCAACGCACUCGCUCUCGAAUUCCAGGGCAGCGACGCCGCUCUGCGCGCUGCAGCAUGGGAAUUCGGCUCGCUGCGCGCAGACCUCCGCUCCGCCAUUGACAGUCUACUCGCAUCCCCGCUGGCAUUGGAGUCUGGGGGCGCCACCUCGAUCGCCCGGGAUACCAGGCUAGCGGCACAAUUGCGGCGGCGCGCGGAGUAUCUCGAUCGAUUGCGGGCGCAGUUGCGGAAUAAAGCCGAGUCGCUGGGUGGACGGUUCGCCACGCUAGACGACCAUCUCGAGGCAAUCGACGGGAUUGUAUCCCGCGAAGAGCGACGAGCGUCGAUUUCGAACGGUGGUAAUUACCACGGAGAUGGAGCGAUGCAGCGCGGUGAGGGCCUGCUGCACUCGCUAUCGAGCUAUGCCAGAUUCAGCGCGCGGCUGUUUGGUGCCGGGGCAAGCUCGAGCUUGGACUCUGACUCUGACUCGAAUGCACACGAUCGAUCGGCGGACCCAUCGUCUGCGCCGUCGUCUAGCGCAGACCCGCGGCAGCCCACGAACACCCUUGCAUUACUGAGGCUUGCAGCGACACAGCAUCGUGUCGUGGCGGACGAGGUCGCCCGGCUGGCGAGGGCGCUGCGGGAUGAGCAGCGAGCUCGAUUGGGGCCCACUUGGUGA